UCAUCAGUAAGCGCCGCGGUGCUGCGGAUGUCCUGUCAGGCAGGCGGGUCCCGGUGCUUCGGUUUCGGACAUGGGCUACGCCCUCUGAUACCGGGGCCAGAGGGUGGGCGCUAUGGACGACCCCGGACGUACGAACGGUUUGGUGGAGCUCUUGGAGGAGUUUUCUCGCGCUCAGUUCCGGGCCAAGGAUGUGGGGGCAAAGGUGGAGAGGAUCGAACAGCAAUGUCUGGAGCUCUUCGGAAGAGAUUAUUGUUACAGCCUCAUCCAGAACCCGAACGGGGAGCUGUGCAGCCACUACCCCCGACAGAUCGUCUUCCUGGAGUACGAGAGCACAGAAGAUAACAAGCACAUGUUUGAGAGCACGGUGCAGGUCAGUAAGUUACAAGACCUUGUAAACCGCAGCAAAAUGGCGCGCUGUAGAGGACGCUUCGUCUGCCCCGUUAUUCUUUACAAGGGAAAGCACAUUUGCAGGUCGGCAACACUGGCCGGAUGGGGGGAGUUGUAUGGACGCACGGGGUAUAAUUACAUAUUCUCAGGGGGCGCUGACGAUGCCUUGGGGGAUACAGAAGUUGCCGAGGAUGAGUCUGUGGCCAGGAAUGGAGACUCGCAGUUCGACAAAGUCCGGGGCCAUGACAUUAAGUUGCUGCGUUACUUGUCCAUCCGAUACAUCUGUGAUCUCAUGGUAGAAAACAAGAAGGUGAAAUUCGGGCUCAAUGUUACUUCCUCAGAAAAGGUGGAUAAAGCUCAGCGGUAUGCAGACUUCACACUUCUGUCUAUUCCUUACCCAGGCUGUGAAUUUUUUAAAGAUUACAAAGAUCGAGACUAUGCUGCCGAAGGGCUUGUGUUUAACUGGAAACAGGAUUAUGUUGAUGCCCCUUUAAGCAUCCCACUCUGCUUGACAAGACACCUAAACAUUGACUGGAGGGAAUACCAGAGUUGGGACUUGGUGAAGCAGACGCAGAAUUACCUGAGGCUCCUCAUUCACAUCAUCAACUGGGAUGAUAACAGUGGGUUGCUGGUGCACUGUAUAUCCGGCUGGGAUCGCACGCCGCUCUUCAUUUCACUCCUGAGACUCUCGCUCUGGGCUGACGGGGUGGUCCACAACUCGUUGGAGCCAGCCGAGAUCCUUUACCUGACUGUGGCCUAUGACUGGUACCUCUUUGGGCACAUGUUGGUAGAUCGCCUUAUUAAGGGUGAAGAGAUAUUUUUCUUCUGCUUCAAUUUUCUGAAGCACAUCACUUCAGACGAGUUCUCCUCAUCGGGGAGAAAAACACGGCGGAAAAGUUCACAGGCGCGAGAUCCUGGAUUAACAUUAGAAGAUUUCUGUGCAUUAAAACCUCGAGAUCGUGGCAGCGCCACCAGUCUAAGUAGUGACUUCUCUGUGAUCACUGAAGACUCUCCCAGUGCCUUUGGAAAUACAAACUGUGAAUCUGUAGACCUGAUAAAUUUCGGGGCGCAGAGCCAUGCAGUCUGGAAGAAGACUCAUACCUCCUCCCCACAAACAGCAGUCUGGAACCGGAUGUCGGAAGACCAUCUUCUCCAGCCAUUAGGAACUGAAGCUAAAUCCUCCAGCUCCUCCUCAUCCAACCACUCAGACAUCUUCCUGAGAGCAGGGAGUAGCCCUCUGGAGGUGCCGCAGCGCAGGUGGGACACGUGGCGAGCCAUUCCAACGUCAGCGGACCAUUCCCUACCUGGAUCUUCCGUCUCUACAGACUAUGGCAGCUGGCAGAUGGUAUCGGAGGGUGGGAGUGUUCAUGACCAUGGUAUCCUCAGCGCCGGUACCUUCCUCCCCUUCAGCUUCCCAGAUGAGAAACCUAGCAGUGGCCUGCAUACAACACAGACAGAGAGGGCACAACGGCUAGAAGCUGUACAGUCCAUCUUUCUGUCAGCCUACAAUACCACAAUAGGCCUAAGAACCGUGCCGCCAAGCCCAUCGGGGGCAAUCAGUGGUCUUCUCGAACAGUUCGCCCGAGGCGUGGGCCUUCGAGGAGCCAGUGCUAUAGUGUGAUGAACUUUCCAGAAACCUGGGAAUCCAGAAGCCAUGAUGACCUCGUUUGUGCUCUACACUGAGCCGUAUAGAAGACCUGUAAGACAAUCUCCAGGACUUGUUCGGUCUUCUUCUUUUAAAUGUUGAGAUGCUAAUCAAAGGGAACGGAUCUUCCAAUCAUAGAAAUCUGAUCAAUCAGCGGCCAAGACGGUUUCAAGGGCUGAUGAAUUGUAAAGUAGCUUUUUAUAUCUACAUUCACCUGUGUCCAUUGUCACAUAAUCCUGAAGAUUAUAAGACUGUAGCUUUUUAUUUAUAGGAAAUGGAUAUAUUUAAUCACACGACUAUGAUAAGACUGCAUUGAAGACAUAACGUGGCUCAGAAGUGCAAGUCCCAGCAUGCCGUGCUAGCUGGACUCCUACUGUGCCCCUUUUUCUUAAUCUAUGCACCUUGCAGUUAAUUACAAUCUUCUCUUCUCUUUGUGAUACCUAGCUCCAGAUCCUCAACUCCUCUUAAGCAGCUAUAGAGAAAAUUCUGGCUACCUGCAGCCACCACUAGGGGGAGCUCACUGAAAAGAUUACUUUUCAAGUAAGGUCCUGCUAGUGGUGACUGUAGGCAACUCAGAAUUUAAAGGGGUCAUCCAGCUUUUUACAAGUGAAGGCCCAUGUUCAGGCUAGGCCGUCAGUAUCUGAUCUGCAGGGGUCUGACACACUCCACCCCUGAUCAUCAGCUGUUUCAGAAUAGCUCCGCCUCUGGAAAUACACAGCUCCAUCCACUACACAGUUAGUUCCAGAGCUACACUGAAACAGCUGAACUUGGGGCUGUUGGGGCAUGCUGGGAGUUGUAGUUUUGCAAUAAUGAAAUUAUUAUAUGUUGUCAUCCAGAAAAUUGUAUGUGGCCAGACUGUGAACACCUUGAAGUGGUGGAGGGUGUUUAAAGGAACCCUCAGUAAGACUGAUGCUCUGUGCCAUACCUAGUACAGGGUCUGAGGGGGCGGAGCAUGACACAGAGAGGCUCUCUGAUGUUCCUUGAAUCCCUUUGUCAUGCUCUGCCUUUCAUGCCUGGUGCAUUCCUUACAGUUUUGUCCGGAGCUCCACUAGGGAUCCUGGGAUUUGUAGUUCAGCAGCCACAGUACAACCUCCAGCCCUUUUCUUUUGCUGCACACUAUGAUUGUUUUACGUCCUCCUUGUAUUCCUGUGAUUGAUGAACAAAGUCAGGAUUUAUUUUUUCUAUUUUACCACGUUGCUUAUUUGCCUCUUGUUGUUUUUAUUGGUUUCUAUUUAAUUCUGCAAUCAGUUCAAUUAAAAAAGCAUAUUGUU